AUGUAUGCUACUCAGACCAGCCUUUCCUCGCUCUCCCUCGCCGUCGCUAUCCUCCUCCAGGUAGCACGCGCAGACAUCUCCAUGGCAGCCGUAUCCGAAAUAUCAGACGGUCAGCCUCAAGGUCCCGUGGCAUCGACAAAUUGGGCCCCGAGCACAACGGCGGAGGUUUCAUCGUGGUCCACAUCAUCCUACGAGAACCCCUUCACGAUCUACACGACUAUGACUAAUUCCUUGGGCGUCAUCACGGGCAUGCCGGCCGUUGUGACUUCUCAGCCCACGCAACCUGCCGUCGUCACCAGCCAGCCGAUCUCGCCGACCCUGCCCAGCUACUCAGGAUACUGGUACGGCAACAGUUCCAGCACCACCGCCUCGACCGAAGCCCCCACGACUCUUGCGACCAGCACAGUUGUCGACUCCUCCUCAGACAACGGCAUUUUCACCACCUCGUCGAGCACUCCCGUGGCGUCAUUCGCCGCUGUCACAGGCGCUGCAGUCACCAACAGAGUCGCGGGCGCUGGUGUCGGCUUACUUGUGGCUGCUUUAGGCUUCUCCCUGCUGUGA